AACGGAAGCGGGAAGGGCGGUCUUGCUUGGCCGAACGGCAACCAGUCUUCAAUCUCCAGCUACGUAUUUGCCGACCAAUUCACCAUAACUUGGCGCCGUAGCCUCUACACUUGGAGUCCAGAGCUCCCCGACAACUGUUGGUCCCUUGGCUUCAACUGCAUACCCAUGCUUUGGGGCGAGAACCAACUUGAGGAUUUCUCCAAGAAAGUUGUGAAAGGCUACGCGAACAUCGCCCUGGGGUUCAACGAACCCAACGAGUCCGGCCAAUCUAACAUGACCCCUGACCGUGGUGCUGAGCUCUGGAAGCAAUACUUGGCGCCGUUGAGGUCUCAGGGCUAUCAGCUUGGAUCGCCUGCCACGUCCUCGAACCCUAACGGCUUCACUUGGGUCCAAAACUUUGUUUCGGCCUGUAACGGUGGCUGCGAAUUUGAUUUCGUUGCUCUUCACUGGUACGAUGUUAAAGCGACGGAUUUCAUUGCUUACGUCGAGAAGUGGCACAACGGCUUCAAUAAGCCUGUCAUGGUUACCGAAUAUGCUUGCCAGAAUUUCAACGGCGGUGCUCAGUGCUCCAAGGAUGAUAUCUUCAGCUUCAUGUCCACUGUCAACAGUUGGAUGGACUCUACCGACUAUGUUCUCGCUUACUUCCCCUUCGGCGUGAUGGGUGAUAUGCAGGGUGUGAACGAUCUGGACAGACUCAUGACUUCCAGCGGGUCCCCGACCGACCUCGGCUUCCUUUUUAUC